CUACCUAGAUUCUUUCACACUUGCACUGUCGUGUCUUGUCUUGUGUCAUGGCAUUAACUGCCUCUGCUUCCUUUACUUCAAUCAGCACAACUCACCACAACUCUUUGAUCUUUGCAUCCAAACAACAGCUGCACGAGUUCAGAAUCCACAGGUUUCGAUGCAAUGGAACUAAUCCGAAUCAAGAGUCUCCACCCCAGAAUAAUGCACUUCUUAAACUUGCAUGGUAUAGUUCUGAGCUUCUUGGCAUUGCUGCCUCCGUUUUUCGUUCCCCAUCUAAAGAAGAAACUCUUCCUCAGAGGUUUCUUGAGACCAUUGAUCGUUCUUCGAUUGUGGAGACUAUCAAACAAGACUUCCAAAGAUCCUAUUUUGUCACAGGAGAUCUCACAGUAAAUGCUUAUGAAGAGAAUUGUGAAUUUGCUGAUCCAGCAGGCUCCUUUAAAGGGCUUCAGCGUUUCAAAAGGAACUGCACUAAUUUUGGAUCUCUUCUAGAGAAGUCAAACAUGAAGCUUAUGAAGUGGGAGGAUUUUGAGGAUAAAGGAAUUGGCCAUUGGAAAUUCAGCUGUAUCUUAUCUUUUCCUUGGAGGCCCAUUCUUUCUGGUUCAUUUCAAGCUUAUCUGACAACUGGAUACACAGAAUACUAUUUUGAUGCACAAUCUGGAAAAGUUUGCAGGCAUGUGGAGCACUGGAAUGUUCCGAAAAUGGCUUUGUUUAAGCAAAUUCUAAGGCCUAGCCGUGGAUUUGGCUUAAAAGAUUAUGUGAGUAGGUGGUUGAAAGCUGUGCAGAUGAAGCUUUAAAUUACAACAGUUUUGUGAUAGUAACUUCAAAAUUUUGGAUGCUCGAUGCAACCUGAUGAAAAUCUCCUGCUGAAAAUUCCUUGGGCAUCAAUUUGGAUAUUCCUUGCAAUAUUGGUAUGAAGAACUAAUUUUACAAGUUUUACAAGUGUAUGAUAGAAACAUAUGACCUGGUAGGAAUCGUAUGUAAAUAUUUGGUUUCAUGAAGGAUUAAAUGUAUGAAUAAUUGAAGCUUGAUUCUGGAAAUGUAUGGGCAAAAUUAAAGGUAAACAAAC